AUGCCUGACAUCGAAGAAGUUCAAAACAUGGAAGAGGAGUCUGAAACGGAAACCUUCGCUUUUCAGGCAGAGAUCGCCCAGUUGAUGAGUUUGAUCAUCAAUACAUUUUACUCCAACAAGGAAAUUUUCCUGCGAGAAAUUAUCUCCAACUCUUCGGAUGUAAGUUGUACUUGCUUAAUUUGCCGUGAAUAUUUCCUUUUUUUAUACACACAUUCUGUAUUUUUUGUUUUGCCAAGCGCGUGUAGUGAGGUUGUUUGAAAAACUCGUCUCUUCUGUGGCGUAGGUUCCCAGCUUGACAAACUUCGGCUCUCGUUUGUUUUGGAAACGUAGGUUUAAUCUCAGAGUUAAAAUACUGCAAGUUCACGGGAUUUCUUCUUUCGUGAAAGCUAUAAAUUAUCAAAGAAAAGUUUUGAGGUCCACGCCUUGAAUGAAGUACAUGUGCAGACUGAUUUGAAUGUUCGGCGGAAGUGAUCAGAUACUCUAUGCAGCCUAUUUUUUGAUCUUUCCAGAAGUAAAAAUAAUUAAGUAAAUGCCAUUCCUUCAUAUCUGAGCGACUGAGAGUGCAACAAAAUCGAUAACCAUUAAAUUCUUCCCCGUUUGUACCACAAUAGUGAAAGUGAAAGACCUUUAAAGGGUUACGCGAGCACAUGGCGUCGGCCAGAGUCACGUGGUCGGUAAAUUAGUUUCAGAAGAUUUCUAGAUUUUUCUGGUGUACUCUCAGAUUGCUUACGUGGAAUCAAUGUACAUCAAGGAAAUGGUUUAUCUGAUUUUGUAUUGUAUGCAUUUUUAGGCUCUUGACAAAAUUCGUUAUGAGAGUUUGACUGACCCAACUAAGCUUGACAGCUGUAAGGAUCUGAAAAUUGAACUGAUUCCUAACAAAGAUGAUAACACCCUGACCAUCGUGGACACUGGAAUUGGUAUGACCAAGGCUGACCUUGUUAACAACUUGGGUACUAUUGCUAAGAGUGGAACAAAGGCAUUUAUGGAGGCACUUCAGGUAUAAUGAGAAAGAAACUACUCUUCUGUACUGUACAAUAUAAAGUAACAUGCCCCAAAUGUGAAAGGAGUGUGAUUUAAAAAAAAAGGAGGGUAUCUCUUUUCAGGUUACCAUCUGCUAGCAGUAAGAAUUUAAUUGUUGCUGGUUUAGUCUUCAUCAGCUUCAUGAGUAGUGUAAUUUGCUGAUGAGAAAAAAAUAAUGUUAUGUAGGCUUAAAUGAAAACUGCCAUAAAAAUUGAUAAUAACUGUUAAACUGUUUUUAAAACUAACGAAGACCAAUAAAUUGCCCCAAAAAUUUACAAGCAAAAGGAAAUAUGAAAACUUGAAAAAACAUUUUUUCAAAUGCAUUGAUUAUAAAGGGAGAAGAAACAGUGGCUGAGGUAUCUGAAACCACGUGUCUGCAAAUCCAGUACCAAAAGCAGCAGAUCAGUGUCCAAAAUGGUGCAAAAUAAGACACAGAACGGUGGUCCUGUGGUUAGUGUUUUUUGAAUCCAUAGCAUGAGUUCUUCUGGAAGGGCUUGAACUUUCAGAGGAUUAGAAGUUGUCCUAAUCAUGCCAUAGAAACCAGGUUAAGGUUUGCCCUGAUGAUCCUUUUACCUCAAAUGCAGACUUUUGCCCUUAAAUGAAAUGGGGAUUGAAGCGUUUUUUUUUUUCCUCAGGCUGGAGCUGACAUAUCCAUGAUUGGUCAGUUCGGUGUGGGUUUCUACUCAGCCUACCUGGUGGCGGACAAGGUUGAAGUUUACACCAAGCACAAUGACGAUGAGCAAUACCUCUGGCAAUCUGCUGCAGGAGGUUCCUUCACUGUUCGUAGGCUGGCUGAGGAAGUUCUUCCUCGUGGAACAAGAGUUGUUCUGCACCUCAAAGAAGACCAACAGGAGUAUUUGGAAGAAAAACGGAUUAAAGAGAUUGUGAAGAAACACAGCCAGUUCAUUGGCUAUCCCAUUUCCCUCAUGGUAAGUAUUUAACAGCGUAGAAGGAUGCAAUUUCACAUUAGCAAUUUACUUUGAGGGCCUUUCCAAACCAAAAUUUGGACAAUUUAAUCUUGACCAGCAUGAGAGUAAAUUUAGAAAAGAAUGCACUGAUAUGUUCAAGUUGAAUCGCAUACAUUUAUCUUGCAUCUAAAUUUUGGACUUUGGAAUAAAUUCACAGAAAUUUGAUUUUGCUUAGCUCUCUGUUCUUACUUUAGCUGAGGCAUUUGAUUUCUUCUUACCAUUCAUAACCUGAAUUACUAAAAAAUUACCCCAAGGGCAAAUUAACCCUUCAGUUAGAGCGUCAUUGGUUUCAAGUUCUCUUUCAACAAAACCUAAUUAAGUUAAUGUGUCGUGGUUAUCUAGGUGCAAAAGGAGCGAGACAAGGAAGUUAGCGAUGAUGAGGACGAGGAAGAGGAGGACAAGAAGAAAGAGGAGGAGGAGGAGGAAGACAAGGAAAAGCCCAAAAUUGAAGAUGUUGAUGAGGAGGAAGAGGAGAAAAAAGAAGAGAAAAAGAAGAAGAAAAUCAAGGAAAAAUACACUGAAAUGGAGGAGCUGAAUAAGACCAAGCCACUUUGGAUGCGAAACACAGAUGAGAUCACAUCUGAGGAGUAUGCAGAAUUCUACAAGAGCUUGACUAAUGACUGGGAAGAGCAUUUGGCUGUCAAGCACUUUUCGGUUGAAGGACAGUUGGAGUUCCGUGCUCUUCUUUUCCUUCCCCGCCGGGCACCGUUUGAUCUGUUUGAGAAGAAGAAGCGCAACAACAUCAAGCUGUAUGUGCGGCGUGUCUUCAUUAUGGAUAAUUGUGAAGAUCUCAUUCCAGAGUACCUGAACUUUGUUAAGGGUGUGGUGGAUUCUGAAGAUCUGCCGUUGAACAUUUCUCGUGAGAUGCUGCAGCAGAACAAGAUCUUAAAGGUGAUCAGGAAAAAUAUCGUCAAGAAGUGUUUGGAACUGUUCAAUGAAGUGACGGAGGACAAAGACAAUUACAAGAAAUUUUACGAACAGUUUGGCAAGAACAUCAAGCUGGGAAUUCAUGAGGAUUCUGUGAACCGCACAAAACUGGCCGAUCUCCUGAGAUAUCACUCCUCAGCUUCAGGUGAUGAAAUGACGUCGCUGAAGGAUUAUGUCACGCGCAUGAAGGAAAACCAGAAAGACAUCUACUACAUCACCGGUGAAACCAAAGAUCAGGUGUCACACUCAGCUUUUGUGGAACGAGUCAAGAGCCGUGGUUUUGAGGUGCUGUACAUGACCGAGCCUAUUGAUGAGUAUGCUGUGCAACAGCUGAAGGAGUAUGACGGUAAGAAACUUGUCAGUGUAACAAAGGAAGGGCUUGAACUCCCAGAGGAUGAUGAAGAGAAGAAGAAAUGGGAAGAAAAGAAAGCCAAGUUUGAACCUCUCUGCAAGGUAUUUUUGCUAAUUAAUUUGUUUUGUUGCAUGUAUGUUUCCUUAAAGCAUUUCUGCUUUGUUAUGUGAUUUCAUGCUUCAUGGCUGAAGAUGUAAACGAAUUGGAGAAAGAAACUUACACCAUCUUUAGCCAUAAAUAAUAUUAAUGCUCACCUCAGGUGUGAACUAGUGGUACAGGAAAAGGAAAUAACAGUAGACUGACGUGAAAAUAAAUUGCAAUACUAUAUUAUGAAAUGGCCUGUAUGACGUUACAGUGUAAUAAAAAUUUUUGUGAUGUCUUAAUUUUUUGGAAAGGACAUUGAUUUUCAUGAAUCAUUUUGUCCCUUGAUUUUUGUUCUUCCAGACGUCAGAUAGGGCACUUUUUUAAAAAUUAAUGCAGAGUAGGUGAACUGCAUUUACUGAGAAAAAACUGGUUGCUUUGUGUCUGAUUUAGAACCUGGUAAUAAAACUUAACUGCUGAUAAUAGAUGUUAUCAUCAGGUUUCUGCCCAAAAUAUCACAGUCUGAUUAAAGUGACUUUUUUAUAAGUAUGGAUGGCAAAAAGUGUAGAGUUUUGUGUGUGUUGCCAUAUUUGUGCUUAAAGGUUGUCAUUUUUUUGCAGACAGUCAAGGAAAUCUUGGACAAGAAGGUAGAGAAGGUAGUGGUGUCUGCUCGUUUGGUGUCAUCUCCCUGCUGCAUUGUAACCAGUCAGUUUGGAUGGACCGCGAACAUGGAAAGGAUCAUGAAGGCUCAGGCCCUUCGUGACAACAGCACCUUGGGGUACAUGGCAGCAAAGAAACAUCUUGAAGUGAAUCCUGAUCACUCAAUCAUUGAGACCCUGAGGCAGAAGGUUGAAGCUGACAAGAAUGACAAGUCUGUGAAGGAUCUUGUUAUGUUGUUGUACGAAACAUCUCUUUUGUCUUCUGGUUUCACUCUUGAUGACCCACAAGUUCAUGCUGGCCGUAUCUACCGAAUGAUCAGCCUGGGGCUUGGCAUUGAUGAUGAUAUGGAAAGUAAGUUGAUUUGUUUUGCUACUCCCUUACUUUCGACUGGCAGCUCAAACCUGUUUGUACGUUCAGAGCUGUGUGCCAAAGGAAUACUGACUUCUUUGUGCAAAUGCAGUCUUAUAUUUUUAAACUCUUGUUUGUAUUCCAAUAUUUACCAAAAGAAUUAACUUUGGGGAGCAUCUUUUCAAGGAAUGGUAAUUGGUAAAAUCCAAACUCUCUGAGUUGUUGAGAACAGUUGGCUGUAAAAUAUAAGACUUAAGCUAAAGUGCAAUACACUGAGAUGCCAAGACACUUCACAGAAAUUAAUGUUGAUUGCAUGAAAGUUUCCCAGUCCCAGUUUUCUUAGUACUAUUUGCUUACCCCUCUGAGAAUAAAACUGGUAAAUUGUAUAACCCCUUCAAUCCUCUUAGAAACUUAAGAAAAAAAAUUCUUUUUUUUAAAUCCCAAGAAACAAAAUUGGUAGCAUGCAAAGUUCUGCCAAAAAGGUUUCAUGUGAAUGGUAACGUCAUAUAUAGGUUUUCGUGUAGAGAUACAAAAGUAAGAAUGACAAAUCACCCCACCAUAGCUUGGUCUUUGAGAGAUAGACAAAAUGGUAAAAAUCUUUUUGUUCAUCAGGUGGUGAGGCAGCUGCAGCUGAGGGAUCUACUGAGGACAUGCCCCCACUGGAAGGUGAAGAGGGCGAUGAUGCAUCCAAGAUGGAAGAAGUUGAUUAG